AAUGAAUCUACCAAUUAGUUCAAUAUUAAUGAUAGAAGUAACCCCAAAACUUCAUAGAGGUAAAAUGAUUGUAACAUUAUAAAUAAUGAUAUUACUUGGUCGAUGUUGGAUAAUGAUUUUAGGAUAUAUUUUUAUGGAAGGUAUUUCUAAAGGGAAUUGGAGAGCAAUAUCUUUAUGUAAUAGUAUUCCAUGUUUGAUUUGUCUUAUUGGAACAAUUCUUUGGAUUUAAGAAUCUCCAAGAUUUUUAAUAUUACAUUAAUAAACAUAAAAAGGAAUAGAUAAUUUAAAUAAUCUAGGAUAAUUUAAUAAUUAAGAGUAUUAGAUGUUGACUGAUGAUGAAAUUUUGAAUUUAAAAGAUUGGGCAUAAGAAUAGCAUUUACAACAUUUACAUGAAAAUAAUUCAUUCAAAUAAUUAUUUAAUUAAGAGAAUCUACCAAUAACAUGGAGAAAUUACUUGAUAUUUUUCUUAUUUAUGUUUAUAAUGUUAGCUAUCUUUAACAUUUUACCAUUUAUUUUAGAUGAUGAAAAUAAGUCUUUACUUCAUUUAUACAUAGUAGAUAUAGGAGAAAUCCCAGCAAUAUUUUUAAUGUUGUAUAGUAUAGAUAAUUUUGGGAGAUUAUCAACAUUAUUAUUUUCAACAACAACACUCAUUAUAAUAUUAUAUUCAAUAUGGCAUUGGAAAUUAUAGGUAAUUAUUUUAGGAUUGAUAAUCUUUAAAUUCUGUUGUAAAAUAAAUUGGGGAACAUUAAAUGUUUUAUUUGCUGAAUCAUAUCAUACUCUAUAUAGAUCACUUGGAGUUGGAACUACUAUGGCAAUGGGUAGAAUAGCAGGAUCUAUAGCACCAUUUAUUAUCUUUCCAAUCUAUUUCAAUAAUAAUUAUAUACCUUUCUUAAUAUGUAGUGUAUGUAGUCUUUUCAUGCUUAUUUUAUUGAUAUCAUAUCCUAUUGAUUUAACUAAGAAACCUUUAGAUUAAAUUAAACAAAAAUGA